UCAGUUGUCAACAGAAGGGAAGGCGAAGUUGCUAAUUUCCAAAAUAUUGUUUGAAAAAUUAACGUAAAUAUGGCCAAUUAUAAUCCAAAUGAAUAUGCAUGGCAAGCACAAAACCAGAAUAGUCAAAGUUACUCAUUUGAUACAUCCAACGCAUUCGCAGAUCAAGCUCAAACUUUGGAUUUUCAGACGUUCCCCACAGAUCAACAGAGUUUUUCACUAGAUCAAGGACAUGGUCAAAUGCAGGCCAACAAUAACCAAUAUUACAAUCCUAAUUUAUUUACGCCUGCACCGAUACCUGGCGAAGGUAUAGCCGAAUCAACCGACUUCGAUGAACCACCACUAUUGGACGAACUCGAAAUUUAUCCAGACCGAAUACUAGAGAAAACACUUGCAGUGUUAAAUCCUUUUCAUGGCCAGUCUAAAGCUGACGAUGCCAACUUUUUACUUCGAGACACAGAUAUUGCAGGGCCCAUAGCAUUUUGCCUCGCUUUAGCCGUUUGUUUAUUUUUAUCAGGGAACAAAGCACACUUUGGCUAUGUGUAUGGUCUAUCUGUAAUGUCUGUUAUUUUGAUGUAUUUCUUAUUAUCUUUGAUGUGUCGCACUGAAGGUGUUUUCACUGUUCUUAGUGUUGCUAGCGUCUUAGGUUAUUGUAUGUUACCUAUGGUAGUACUUGCAGGCCUAGGCAUUUUCGUGUCAUUGGAGGGCACUUUAGGCAUUUCUUUAUCAGGGGUGGCAGUGAUUUGGUCUGCAUUGUCAGCGAGUAGACUCUUUGUUACUAUGUCUGGUGAUGCUGAGCAGAGGCCUCUUAUUGCAUACCCAUGUGCCUUAGUCAACGGUGUAUUUGCACUACUAGUUUUGUUUUGAAUAAGUUUAUUUAACUUUUAUUUGUAUAAUGCAUG